AUGUUGUCAAGCGUGAAUAUUUAUGCAAUAUCGAGUAUAGUUUGUCUUGAAAGUUUAUCAAAUUGUGUUGUCUCAUCACUUGGCCAAUAUAUUUAUUCAUUUUAUUUAAAUAAAACACAAAAUGAAAGUGUGAAUGACGACAAUCUUUGGGCACAAGAACAAUCAGCUGAAUUGUUUUGGAAAAAAGAUUUGUUUAGUUGUAUUCCAACGAUUAUUAUUACUUGUUUAUUGGGUUUUCAUAUGAACAAAGUUGGACGAAGAUUUGUUUUGAUUUUAUUUUUAAUUGGAAAUUCAAUUCAGUUUUUUCUUUGGUUAUUUAUCAUUUCGUAUCAAUUAGAAGAAUAUUGGUGGUUCAUUUCGUCGUUUAUUCUCGGUUUAACUGGUUCACAACCGAUUUUUCAUUUAACAUUGAAUUUAUUUGUGACAGAUUUAACAAAAGAAACGGAUCGUUCGAUUUAUUUUGUUUUUCUUGAUGCAUUGAAGACAUUCGUCACAUCUAUUGGAGAUUUUCUUAUUGGUUAUUAUUUAUCUUCAUAUUCUUUCAUUAAUUUAGUUUAUCUUUCAUUAAUCUCACAAAUAAUCUCGAUUAUCAUCAUUAUUUUAUGUUUUAAAUCAUCUCCUCGUUCACAAACUCUCUUACCAGUUGAAUUUUAUAAUGAUAUUCGAAUCAAAGAAUCCUUUUGGUCGAAAUUGAACUUAUGUUACUCGAAAUCGAGCUGUUGGAAUGUUUUCUUGAUAUUUUUUGCGUAUAUUUUCUAUUCGUUUGCGAAUUCUGCACUUUGGUCAAAUUUUCUUUGGUAUUUACUUGAUUUUCCGUUUAAUUGGUCAUCGAUACAAAUUGGAAAUUUCAAUGCUUUAUCAGCAAUUGUAACUGCAGUGUUCAGUGUUAUUGGAAUGAAAAUCUUAACACGAUUUUCUCUUUGUGAUUCACUUAUUUGUUGUUUAAGUCAGAUUUGUUUGAUUUGUUUGGCGCUUAACUUUGUUUUUGCUCGAGAAAAUUGGCAUUUAUAUUUGAGUUUAUUAAUUUUUCCAUUUGUUGAGUAUCAAAGUUCGUUAACGUGGUCACUCAUAUCAAAAUCAUUUCAACCAAAUCAAUUUCAUUGUUUGUUUACAUUUCUUGCAAUUAUCGAUACAAUUUGUUCGUUAUUUGGAAAUUCGUUAUUCAAUUGGAUUUAUCAAUUGACUGUUGACAAUUUACCUUAUUUAACUUUUCUCAUUGCUGUCGGACUUUCAAUGAUUUCUCUAAUAUUUAAUCUAUCUUUUUUUCUUUUCAGUCGACGAUUCUCCAAAUUAAACGAGAAUUCAUCGGUGGAAUCCAAAGAUAUUGAUUUGAUUUGGUUGGAUAUUCCAAUUGAUACAAUCGAAUCUGAAAAGAAUUCAUUAAGUACACUUACACAUGAUUUAAUCAUUUUGUAG